CUGAGGCAUCCAUCGACCGCUGAACCCUCAAAUUCCACUCUUUACAAAUUCUCCUUCUCCUCCAUUUGAAAUUGUUUUCCCAGUUAAUUUGUUCAGAGGGAUCACAGAUUUAGAUUUACUUUGAUCAGCUCGAGUUCUGUGUUUUCAUAAUCAAUGGCCUCUUGGGAUAGGUCUCUUGAUAAUAUGAUAAAUAACAGGCGUAAUAGUGACAGAGGCAGAGGACUAGGCAGGCCUCGACGUGGUAGAUGGCCAGGACGAUUAUUUAGUGGUGGAAGAACAACUGGGACUCAACCUAGAGGCCCACUCAGCUUAAAUGCUCGAUCGUCAGCAUACACCAUUGCAAAGUCUGUCCGCAGAACCAAGAAUUUGCCAUGGCAGAAUGGUCUGUUUGAAGAUGGUCUUAAAGCAGCUGGAUUAUCGGGAUUAGAAAAUGGUACAAAGUUAUUCAUUUCCCACUUGGACAUUGGGGUGACGAAUCAGGAUAUAAGGGAACUCUUUUCUGAGAUUGGGGAGCUGAUACGAUAUGCAAUUCACUAUGACAAAAAUGGGCAACCUAGUGGUUCGGCUGAAGUGGUUUUUGCUAGAAGAAGUGAUGCGUUUCAAGCACUUAAGCGAUAUAACAAUGUCCAAUUGGAUGGGAAGCCUAUGAAGAUUGAGAUAAUUGGCGUCAAUGCAGAGAUCCCUAUUUCAGCUCGUGUGAAUGUGGUUGGAAAAGCAAAUGGAAAAAGGAGGACAGUUGUCAUGGCGCCUCGACCAGCUCGUCCCACAGGCAGAGCUAUUGCUUUCAAUGGUAAUUAUGUUCAGAGGGGUCGUAGUGGUUCAUAUGGUGGUCGUGGUGGAGGACGUGGACGUGGGCGUGGGCGUGGGCGUGGGCGUGGACGUGGACGUGGCCAUGAUGGGACUCGUUGGGUAAAGAAAACGGUGGAUAAAUCAGCCCAGGAUCUUGACAAGGAGCUGGAGAAGUAUCAUGCAGAAGCCAUGCUAGUUUAGACACUUCUUUAAGCUCUUUUUGGAAAAUUCUAGCCAUAAAAUGGUAACCGUUGCAGUGGUUUUUUUUUUGUGUUUCAGACCUCUUUGGACUGAUGAAUGCUAUUUCGGGCUACAAAUGUUUUACUCCCAUUGUUUUAAAUAGAUUGAUGGGUUUGCAUUUCUCAUGGGAAAAUAUUUUUUUUGAUUUGGGAGAGUAGUAAACACAUGAUGGUGGUGGUGUAAUUUGCUUGGUCAUAUCUUUUUCAUAAUGUAUAUGUACAAGUUGCUAAUUCUAGAGCAUGAAAAAUAACAUUUUGGUUGUGUUACUA